AUGGAACCCCAUCCGGCGGACAGCGGCUCGCUGCUGGGUCCCGGCGCCACCCUGCGCCGGCUGAUGGGUCUCUGGCAGCCGCGAGGCCGGCUCGCCCGCGUUCUCAACCGACUGCUCGCCGGUAUGACGCUCUCGUGCAUCACGUUCCUGGUGCUGUGUGCCUCUCUCAAGCUGUACAUGGACCCUCCGGAAGACCUCGAGCAGAUCGCGCUGUGUACCCUCGUUGCUACUGUCGGCGCUGGAUUUAUCAUCAGGGCGGUGCUCUUCAUGGCACAAGGCGGCACACUGCGGCAGACACUGAGGCUGCUGGAGGACACCAGGCUACAGUUCUGCAAUGGAGACGAUAACGAACUGAUGCGACGCCGGUACCAGACACUUUCAAACAACAUUUACUACUACUGUCAGAUGGUGGCAGUGCCGGCGGUGACUGCCUGGGCGGUCUGUCCGCUGCUGUCCCGAAUCGUCACGAAGACCGACCAGGAGCAGAUGGAGGCUCAGUGCCAGCUGCCGGUGCCAGUCUGGCUCCCAGCUGACAUCUACAGUUCGCCAACAUUUGAAUUUUUGUAUGUCGUCCAAUCUUUCUCUGUUCUGGUUGCAACUGAGUCCUGUCUCAGCAUAGACAUCUUCUUUGUUCAUAUGAUGCUGAUGGUGGCAGCCGAGUUAGAAGUUCUGAACGACAAUCUUUCUGCAAUGGAACACAUAAAUUUGGAAAUGUUGACAACUGAAGGAGAAGGAUUUAUUUCGGGAUAUAAAAGAAAAGACCGACGAUUAUCAGUAAUUACCAGUGGCCAGUCCCUUGGUGAACAGACAUUGACAGAGAAAGCUGCACAUGAGUGGCUUCAUCAACAACUAGUCAAGAAUGUGCUUCAUCAUCAGGCAAUCCUAAGAUCUGUCUCCCUGUUGCAGUCAGCGAUGAAUGUGUCUAUAUUCAGUCUCCUAUUCGUCAACAUGGCAAACCUAUGCUCAAGCUUGUUUGUAGCCAGCAUACUGUUGCAGAAAGAAGGAAAUGUAGGAAAAGCGCUGAAUGCACUUUUCACAAUACCUGCUCAGGUGUACGAAACUACCAUUUACUGUAUUUACGGACACAUCAUGACCGACCAGAGCGAGAGGCUGAUGUACUCCGCCUUCAGCUGCGGCUGGGCCAACAGUGACGCUCGCUUCAAACGCAGCCUCAUUAUCUUCAUGAAGGUGACUGCGCGCCCGAUAGUGAUCACGGUGGGCAAGACGUGCACACUGUCCAAGCAGAUGCUACUGCAGGUUUUGAACGGAACGUAUGGUUUACUGAAUAUGCUGUACAGUAUGCACUGAAGCAAAGGGAACGGCACC